AUGGCAGCUCCAUCAAAGCCCGUCUUCCCAGCGGCGAAAAUAAAGAAGCUGAUGCAGAGCGACGACGACGUCGGCCGGAUCGGCCCGGCAGUGCCUGCCGUCGUCUCGAGAUGCCUCGAGCGCUUCAUCGGCGACCUGGUCGAUCGGGCGGCAGCGGUCGCGGAGGAGGAGGGGGCGAAGCUGCUCACCACAGCCCACCUGGCCAAGUGCGUCGAGGCGGAGGAGCUCUCCUUCCUCCAGAGCACCGUACACGCCUUCAACGCCGCGGGCGCUUCGGCAGCACCCGCCAGAAAGCGCACGGGCGGCGGCGGCGGAGCGGCGGCAGGGAGCAAGCGCCGCGCGCCGGGAAUAGACAGCGCAUCGGCCUCGGAGCUGCAAGCGGCCGCAGCCAGCCUCGAACCGGCGGCCGCAAACGCUAUGGUGGGUGCCGACCUAGCACUGGCGCAGGGGGAUGACGACUACGAUGACUGA